CUAAAAUUUAGUGAUAACGGCGCGACAAGUCAAACUUUUACAUUGUAGAAGUUAUCUUUAUUUUUUUUUGUUAUAAAGUAAUUUAAAGUUUUAUAACGGUACUUCGAGCAGUAAUGUCGGUUGCCGAAUCAUUAAAACGAUCCUUUACGGACAGUGGUAGAUCCACAUUUGGCAAGCGAACAUGUAUUCUUCAACCAAUGACAUCAGAUUAUAAUUCUAUUAAUUUAAAUUCUGGGAGAAAUAUGGUAGGACGAACAUCUGAAACUGGCAUACGAGAUGUUCAUUGUUCCAAGCGACAACUGGAAUUCGACGUAGACAUGGAAAAUACAAAAGCUAAGUUGCGAGUAAUUGGUGUAAAUCCUUGCAGUGUAAAUGGUGUAAUGAUAAUGCAGGAUAGCGAAUGCAAUCUGGAGCACGGGAGCAUCAUUGAACUUGUUUACGGUAAACAUCAGUUCGAGCUACUAUUCAAACCGUCACCUACAAAGAAAGCAAACAUCACAAAUGAAAAACAAAAUCACCGAAAUCCCAUUGAUGAAGUGAAAUCAAGCGAAAUCAGCAUGAGUAAAAAUAGAACGGGAAAAUGGGAGUCCGCAGGAAAUGGUGCUAUGAUGAUAUACACCGAUGAUGCUGUACAAGCGUCAGACAAAAUCGCUGGAUAUGAUAUUGACGGCACAAUUAUCACCACCAAGUCUGGUAAUGUUUUCCCAAAACAUACCGAUGAUUGGCAAUUAUUAUACCCCGAAGUACAAAAAAAAUUAAAGUCGUUACAACAAAGUGGAUAUAAAAUUUGCUUUUUCACAAAUCAAGGAGGUAUAGGAAGUGGCAAAAUAAAAUUAGAUGAUUUUAAAAGAAAAAUCAAAGAUAUACUCACUAAGUUAGGAGUACCUGUACAAGUUUAUAUCGCUAUCGAAGAAGGUCACUACAGGAAACCAUUGAUUGGAAUGUGGCAAUAUUUGGUGGAUAAUAAAAACGAGGGCAUUGAUAUAGAUUUAAGCAAGAGCUUCUAUGUUGGCGAUGCGGCCGGACGUCCAGAAAGCGGCAGUGGCAAGAACAAGCGCAGGAAAGAUCAUUCUCUAGCAGACCGUAGAUUUGCGGCUAAUAUCAAUGUGUCUUUUUAUACUCCUGAAGAGCACUUCUUGGGUAAACCCACGGAACACUGGCUGAAAUCUGAUUAUAAGCCUUGCGAUAUUGUAAACAACAAGGAUAUCCUGCUUUUGGAACCUAAAAAUGUAGAUAUUCCUGCUGAUAACUGUGAAAUGAUUAUUAUGGUGGGCUUGCCCGGAUCCGGUAAAAGUUACUUUUGUCAAGAGUAUCUUGAACAACAUAACUACACUAUCGCCAAUGCUGACACAGUAGGAGGCACUCAGGCAUGCCUUAAAAUAUGUGAGAAAGCCUUGGGAGCCGGGACAUCUUGUGUUGUGGACAAUACAAAUGUAGAUGUCGAGUCGAGGAAAAAGUUUAUAAUGCUAGCAAAGAAAUACAAUGUCCCUUGUCGUUGUUUUGUUAUGAACGUGCCAGUGGAUCAAGUGCGUCAUAAUAUAAAAUACAGACAUCUUACGGAUAGUAGCCACUCAAAGAUAAAUGAAAUGGUUUUCAAUAUGAUGAAGAAAAAAUAUAAAAAUCCAACAGAGGACGAAGGCUUCACACACAUUGUCAAAGUAAAUUUAAAACCGAAAUUUAAAAGCACAACGGAGGAGCAACUAUACAAAUUAUAUUUAUUAGAAAAAUAA